AUGACCAAGGACAAGAGCCAGCAGAAAGGCCAGCAGUCCAUCACAUCAUUUUUUGGUGGAUCCAAGGAGAUGAAGGACGACCCGUCUUCCGACGUCGACAUGAACGACGAUGACGACGCUCCUAUCGCUUCCACCAAAAAAGGGACCAAAUCCGCCGCGCCAGACGCGUCGGAUUUGCCACCUAUUCAUGAUAUACCCGCCAUUUUCUCUGACCUCGUCAGCAGGAUACCCCCUAUCCAGCAAGUUGCCGAACAUGUCUCUGGACGUAAACUACGCGUUGCGACGAUGUGCUCUGGCACAGAAUCCCCUCUUCUGGCCCUUGAACUUAUCCAGAAAUCAAUAUUGGAGCAGCAUGGCGUCAAUUUUGAAAUUGAGCAUGUAUUCUCGUGCGAGAUCGAGCCUUUCAAACAGGCGUAUAUUGAGAGGAACUUUCACCCUCCCAUCCUCUUUCGUGAUGUCUGUGAGCUGGGUAAUGCUGAAGCUCACACUGCGUACGGUGCAUUAGCGCUAGUACCAGGCGAUGUCGAUCUCUUAGUGGCCGGUACAUCGUGUGUCGACUAUUCCAAUCUUAACAAUGAAAAGCAGGAUAUCGAUGCUAACGGUGAAUCUGGACGUACGUUUCGUGGUAUGAUGUCUUGGGUUACCAACCAUAGACCGCCCAUUGUCAUUCUCGAGAACGUGUGCUCCGCCCCAUGGGCUCGGGUGCAAGAGAAAUUUGAAGUACAUGGCUACAGUGCGACCUUUUCCCGUGUCGACACUAAACAGUACUAUAUUCCCCAUACGCGCACCAGAGUCUAUCUGAUCGCAGUGGACAAGAAAAAUUCUGCCAUUCCCGAUGAGUGGAAGGACUACGUUACAAAGAAACUCAAACGGCCUGCCUCUUCCACUCUGGACGCCUUUUUGUUGGCUUCUGACGAUCCCCGUAUACAUUAUGCCCGUCAAAAGCUCGUGCAGGAGAGCUAUAAUGCCCUUGAUCGGCGCACAGGACGGACCGAUUGGAGCCGUUGCGAGUCUCGGCAUCAGCGAGCAAGGCUUGAGGAAGGUUUGGGAUCGAAACGUCCUCUUACCAGUUGGGAUGAAGGUGGCUUCUGCAAACUUCCGGAUUUUGCUUGGGGAGACUGGGGCAUUGGUCAAGUGGAGAGAGUCUGGGACUUGAUGGAUAUCAGUCAUUUGCGAGAUGCGAAGAAAGGCGUCGAUCCUUCAUACAAGACGCAAGUUUGGAAUCUUUCUCAGAACGUCGACCGUACAAUAGGUUCCAAUAAAGUUGGAAUCUGCCCAUGCCUUACUCCCUCUAUGAUCCCCUACAUCACCAACCGCGGUGGACCGAUGGUUGGCUUGGAAGCUUUGUCGAUGCAGGGUCUUCCUGUGGACAAGCUACUUUUGACACGUGAAACGGAAGAUCAGUUGGCAGAUUUAGCAGGCAAUGCUAUGUCCACAACGGUCGUCGGAUCGUGUAUUUUGGCUGCACUUGUCUGCGGAAAAAAACUUCUCAAAGCGGGGGAUGAUUCAGAGAGCUACGAGUCAAAGCGGGGCACCCAUAUGGACGUCGAGACCCCAAUGGAAGUCGAUCGCCCCGCUGAAGACGUUGUGGCUGCGGAAGACUGCAUUACGGGUGAAGAUCAGCUCGUCCAGAAGUCCCUCGAUCUUUCUGCGACUGGUAAUCGGCCACUGAUUGACCUCUUGAAGGAUGCAGAAAAGAGUGCGCGUCUUUGUGAGUGUGAAGGACGGACAGAUAUGACUACUCGGGAGCUCUUUCGCUGCAAAGAUUGUGGUGCGCCGUACUGUAAGAAGUGUGGUGGUCGUCCUGAGCAUAACGCGGAGCCUAUCGUCUUUUCUACGGAGAAUCCUAGACUGCCGCCCUCGGACUUCGCCAAGGAACUUAAGGCCAUGCUGCCCAUGUCGAUUUCAUUGUCAGGCGUUAGCCAAGCGGUGUUUGAUUGUUUGAAAACGUCUGCCAACAUAAAGAUUCCAGAAGCACGAUGGUCGAGCUGGUGUGCUGCAGUUUUGCGCGCAGCCAAGUCUGAGUUGCGCUUUGUGGAGCCCAAGCGACAGGAGUAUUGGAGCGCUGUGUAUCAGUCGCCUGAGGCUACGCUGGAGCUAUUUUUGCAUCCUCAGCAAAUGGAGUGGCGGUUAUUUGCAAAGCCGGAGGGGCAUGAGCCAGCUAAUGCUGAGAUACGUCAACUGUUGGAAACGCCGGUCGGCAGGUUCACUUGUACUGAAAGCCUGCUAUCCGGCCACUGGGAUUUCGCUCUUCCUCAUAAUUCAUCUGUCACUGUCAAGGUAAAAGGGGAAGGAGAGCUGGUACCUUCUUGGGAAGCACGCCUAGGUCUUACCGAUGACACCUUCAAGAAUAAAACGGUCUUUUCUAGUUUGCGGGUGUCAGUUACUAACUCUGAUGUCCCCAAACUCGAUCGUGAUAUUUCUGGCCUUUAUGCACUUCUUGAUCGUUGCGGAACCGCGAACGGGGCGCUACAUAAAAGAACCUCAGAGAAAGGAACACUACCGCCGUUGUUUAUGCUUAUGGACCCCCAACGAACAAGUGAUUCGGAAGACAGCUUCGUAUUCUCUAUUAGCAGACGCCGUCAUCAAUAUGGUGAAGCGCGUCCCAUUAUUGCGAAACUGGAUCCUUCGUGGCGGCAAAGCUCCAACGAGGAGGAGAAAGAGGUCUCCUGUUGUAUCCCUUGUAAAUGGGUAAGGGCGGAAAAUAUUCAUUUGAUCGCAUCCCAAAGCAAUGACGCGAAAUUUUCCAUUCCCGCCAGGGGACUUGAAAUCCCGAUCCAAAAAGAUGCUUGUCGGAGUGCUACUGCCCUUCUUACUUGCACCGUCCCACUGAAGGAUCACGCUGGACCGGAAUGGCCACGUGAAUCAUGGCGGGAAGUAGAUAAGAUCCAUGAACGUGGCACUUUCAAGGCGUUGGCAUGGCUCUUGGAGCGUAUUCGUGAUGCUGGCAACAAUUUCAGCUCGUGGCAAGAUGUAACAUUGCCAGAGAGUCAUUGUAACUGUGAGCGUUGCGCUCCCACGGCGCCUCAUAUACAAUGGACACAGAUGAACAACAAGAAAGUCGUCCCUGUCGAGGAUCCUGUCGAAGCAGGGGAAUACGAACGUAGACUCAAGAGAAGACCCAGCCCGUUCGUUACGCAGCUGAAACUAACCGAGGACAACACAGGUAUCGUUCGAAUCGGGGUCAACAUCCCGUCUCUUCUUCAUCGCGCACUCUCGCGUCUCCCCAAGGCUGGCCGAACUGAAAAGCCGGUGCUUUCAUGGCGUCUCAACAUGAACUUCACUCCUGUCGUCACCCUGAACCUUCCCAAAUUUGUCAUCUCCAGCAACAAAUCCGACAAGGAACACGCGCAACCGCCCAGUUUCAAGAUUCCGCUCCGCAAGGAGCAACUGCGAUCUUUAGAAUGGAUGCUAAAGCAAGAGUCUAGAAAUGCAGCGCCUUUCAUUGAAGAAGAGAUCUCGGAGAGCAUUCUGGACCCGCUGGGAUGGAGAGCAGAAGGACGUGCGCAGCGUCCGGUUCAUAUCCGUGGUGGCGUACUAGCCGAUCAAGUUGGUUACGGAAAGACGGCUAUCACACUCGGUCUCAUUGACUGUGCCGCUAAGAACGUCGAGAAGGAGUUCGAUGCCAUGGGCCGCGUUAAAGGGAAGAUUCUACUCAAGGCAACUCUAAUUAUCGUGCCACCACAUCUGACAAGGCAAUGGGAUUCUGAGGUCCGUAAAUUUACGAAGAAAGAAUUUAAAGUGCUCGUUCUUUCUACCGUAUCGAACCUUAACUCUGCGACAAUUGAAGAUUUCCGAGAUGCUGACAUCGUUGUUGUUGCGUCCAACCUCUUCAAGAGUAACGUCUACCUCGACAACCUCCAGCUUCUAGCUGCGGCCGGCGCACUUCCUUCGAAGGAGGGCAGACACUUCAAUGCUAACCUACGGAAGGCUCUGGAGUCUUUGAAAGCACAAACGGAUAGACUCCAAGACGAAGGUUCUGGGGCGGUUAUGCACGAAAUCCAGGAUGCCGAGAAGCGGAUCGAAGACGAAGCGGCACGAAUUGCGGCAGCUAUUCAGUCCAAGAGAUUGAAGGGCAAGUCCUACCGUGAUGCAGCCGACCGAAAAGAAGCGGAGAAGAAGGCGGCCCGGGCAGCAAAGGCAAAGUUUCCCAAAAAGUUCAAGAAGGUCGAAGUGGUUAUUCCUAGACUGAGUCGAAACGUUUCAUCCGAAGCAUCAUCUCCUACGACGGCGGAGCAGAGCGAUUCUGACACUAACAAACGGCCUAGGCGUCGUGCUGCUGCGUCACGGAAGGCGAUCAUCAUAUCGGAUGACGAUGAGGGAGACAGCACUACCAGUGAAGCUGCCAUUGGGUCUAAGAAGAUUGAUGGAAAGCCGAAGAAAGUCGAUGGAAAGGCAAAGAAAGGCAGUCAAAAAAACAAGCGCCCUGUUUCGGAUGAUGAAGACUUUGAGAUGGAGAAUUCAGAUGCAAAUGAUGACGAUGAUAGCGAGUCGUCGCCCACUUCGGUUCCAUCUUCGGACGAAUAUGACGAAGAAGAAGACGAGGAAGACGUUCCCAAGAAGGCGUUCAAGAAGGCGAAACCGAAAGUGCGAAGGCCCUCUGCAUCUUCUACUCAAGCUACAGAAGAUGAAGAUAUGGAUGUCGACGAACCUAAGAAAGGUACCAAAAAGUCAGCGAAACGCAAGGCUAGGGAUGAAGGUGAACGACCUGUCAAAAAGCAGAAGCGCGUCGAUAGCGACCCAUGGAAAUUGGAGUCAAAGCCGGUUCGGAAAGACUGGACGCAGAUGCGCGCACCUCCUUUGGAAAUGUUCCAUUUCGCUCGCAAAGUCGUUGAUGAAUAUACAUAUCUCGAUGGGAAAGUGCAUUCGCUUGUUACCAACUUGACGGCUGAGCGACAUUGGGUUCUUUCUGGUACCCCGCCGAUUCACGACUUUGCUGCUUUGAAGACGAUCGCUGCAUUCCUGAAUAUUCAUCUCGGUGUAGACGAUGACGGAGAAGGUCAGUCCGCUGAGGUCAAGAGACGUCGACGAGAACAGACAGAGGUGGAGAAGUUCCAUUCUUUCCGGGAAGUUCACAGUCUCGAGUGGCACGUACACCGGCAUGAACUCGGGCAAGCUUUCCUUGACAAAUUUGUUCGCCAGAAUAUUGCCGAGAUUGACGAGAUUCCAUGGACGGAAAAAGUUGUCGAUAUCAUUCUACCGGCUGCUGAGCGUGCCAUCUAUUUGGAACUGGAGCAUCACUUACGUGCGCUUGACAUGACUAUCAAACGCGGCAAGAAAACAGAAAGUGACCGAGAGAAACGACUUGCCAAAUCCCUUGGUGAAAGCAAAUCAGCCGAGGAGGCGUUACUCAAGCGCUGUUCACACUUUGAUCUGGAAACCUCGAAUGAAAAUGCCAUGAAGGCCUGCGACGUCAUCGUAGGGGAGCGCCAAAAGCAGCUGGACGAGUGUAAAGCAGACCUCCUCAAAGCGGUGAAGGAUGGCGUGAAGAGAGAAAAGGCCCUUAGCAACGUCGGAAGUGAGUCCAUGUUCCACGAAUGGAUCCGAGUAUGCAGGAGCGAAGGCGUUGACGACAAGGAGGCGACCGAGAUGGUUAUAGAACUCCUGGAUGAGGCUGGCGUUGGUGUCGUAAAGGGCAAAGCGAAGCGAGAGGAUGUCAAUCUCAGCGAGAAGACGAAAGCCCAAGUCUGGGAGCAUCGUGAGAAGACACAUGAAAUCCGGCGACUAACGAAGGAGUUGGUCGGUCGUGUCCGUUCCCUCCGGUAUUUCACAGUCGUGCGCGAUCUUCAAAAGCAGCAAGAGGAGCCGCCAGUUGUGAACUGUCCUAAAUGUGAGCGCCAGAAUCUGCUGAUUGGCGACGUGGCAGUGCUUUCCUCGUGUGGGCAUAUGGGCUGCUUGGAAUGUGUCAGAACGAGCGCUGAGCAGGAAGAGUGCAUUUACGCCGCAUCUGGAGCAUGCAAAAGUGCUGCACGUGUGUUGAAUGUGGUCAAGGCCGAUACUUUAGGUGUCGACGACGAGGGUCGGGAUGGGCAGGGCAAGCACUUUGGGAUGAAACUCGAGAAGGUUGUUAAUUUGAUCAACAAAGAGAUUCCCAAAAAUGAGCGUGUCCUGGUGUUCGUCCAGUUCCCUGAUCUCAUGAAAAAGGUGACCGAAGCCUUCACCUAUAACAAAAUCAAGUUCCUCGAGAUUAGGGGAACCGCGCAUCAGAAGAGCAAGAACCUCGAAACAUUCCAAAACGAGAGCGAAGAACGCGUGCUUCUUUUGAACGUCAUGGACGAAAGCGCUAGUGGGGCUAAUCUGACAUCAGCCAAUCAUGCGGUUUUCUUGUCUCCACUACUUGCACCCUCAAAGGAGAUUUACAAGGCUUGCGAGACGCAGGCUGUGGGUAGGCUAGUUCGCUAUGGCCAGGAAAAACACGUUUAUGUGUGGAGAUUCCUGACGAAGAACACUGUUGACGAGGAUAUUUAUAACCAACGGAGGGAUGUCCAGCCAACGACAUCAUGA